UAGGGACGUACUCGUGAAAUUAUCCAAAUGUUUACUUGGUUCUCCAGUUUUAGGUAGGAGACACAUUUCCAGAGUUCAAGAGUUCUGAGCGAAUUAUGGGCCUGACAGAAACUAAAGCAAAUAUUGCCGAAUGUCGGUUGUCAUAAAUGGCACUGUCCUCAAAUCAUGAAAAUGUUGAAUUUACAAUGAUUUGCAAGGGGCAGCACAUAGAUGGUGCAGAAAUACCUUUUAUUUCAGUAUGCAUUAAAUACUGCAGCCCCAUAUAUACUGUGGUUGGGCUAGAUAAGAGGCAAUGAGUGUGGAAUUUCUCGGGAUAAUCCUUGUUGAUUCCGGUCCGGUCGGUGUUGAAUUAUUCUGUAAAGAUGGCGGUCAGCAUCCGAGGCCGUCCGAAUCGAAGCAUUCGGAUGCGAGGUCGGAAUGACAGUGGGGAUGAAAAUGUACCACUCGAUCUCUCCAGAGAUCCUUCAGACAACCUUCGGGAAAUCCUUCAGAAUGUUGCCAAGCAACAAGGAGUCUCCAACAUGCGCAAACUYGGUCACCUGAACAACUUUAUAAAGCUUCUCUGCAAUGCAGGCCACUCAGAGGAGAAGCUUGGGUUUACACAUGAAGAGAUCGUCAUUUGUCUCCGGUUAGCGCUGUUAAAUGAGGUUAAGGAGGUGCGAGCUGCAGGGCUGAGGGCUCUACGCUACCUGAUCAGAGACAGCGCUAUUCUCCAGAAGGUCCUCCGUCUUCAGGUGGACUACCUGAUCGCCAGGUGCAUAGACAUCCAGCAAAGCAAUGAGGUGGAAAGAACACAGGCUCUCAGGCUGGUGCGAAAGAUGAUCACAGUGAAUGCACUGCUCUUCCCCUCGUCUGUCACCAACUCCCUUAUUGCCGUGGGCAAAGAUGGGCUACAGGAGCGAGACCGCAUGGUGCGCGUCUGUAUCGCCAUCAUCUGUGAACUUGCUGUGAAGAACCCUGUGGUGGUGGCCCAGAGGAGUGGUCUCAGCACCAUUCUGAAGAACGUGAUCGACUGUCAGCUGAGYCGCAUCAACGAGGCACUCAUCACUACCAUCCUACACCUCCUCAACCACCCACACACACGCCAGUAUGUGCGCUCAGAUGUGGAGCUCGAGCAAAUCCUGGCCCCGUACACGGACUUUCACUACAGACACAAUGCAGACACAUCAGAGGGGCAACUCAAGGAAGACCGGGAAGCUCGAUUCCUGGCCAGUAAGAUGUCCAUAGUUGCUUCCUUUCGCUCCUGGUCAGGCAUCAUUAACCUGUGCAAGUCAGGCAACUCUGGAAUCCAGUCUCUUAUUGGCCUGCUAUGUAUACCAAAUGUGGAAGUAAGGAAAGGCUUGUUAGAGGUGAUGUAUGAUAUAUUCCGGCUCCCCAUGCCUGUUGCGACYGCAGACUUUAUUGAAGCACUUAUCAGUGUGGACCCCAGUAGGUUCCAAGACAGUUGGAGGUUAUCCGACGGCUUYGUGGCUUCUGAAGCAAAAUGUAUCCUUCCACAUCGAGCUCGGUCAAGGCCUGACCUAAUGGAUAACUACCUGGCUUUGGUACUGUCUGCCUUCAUCAAGAGUGGACUUCUUGAGGGUCUGAUUGAGGUUAUCACAAGCACCGAUGACAACAACUCUGUGCGAGCCACCAUUCUACUGGGAGAACUGCUUCACAUGGCCAACACCAUCCUCCCACACUCCCACAGCCACCACCUGCACUGUCUGCCCACACUCAUCAACAAGGCUGCUUCUUUCGACAUCGCCCAGGAGAAGAGACUACGGGCGAGUGCAGCGGUCAACUACCUGAAGCGCUUCCACGAGAAGAAGAAGAAAGGACCCAAACCCAACAGCCUGUACCUGGACCACAUCAUCCGCAAAUCAAAGGCUUCACACUACUGUAGAGACCAGCACUUUAGACCACAGAGAGAUAUCUUUGUCAUUAAGGACACUGAGGAUGCUCUCAUGAUGAACCUGAGAGACAGCCACAUCCUGAACCACAAAGAGAACCUGGACUGGAACUGGGUUCUCAUCGCAACAAUACUGAAGUGGCCAAACGUUAACCUGCGGAGCAAUAAAGAUGAACAAAUACACAAGUUUGUGCGCAGGCUGCUGUUCUUCUAUAAGCCCAGCAGUAAGCUGUAUGCCAGCCUGGAGCUGGACCACAGCAAAGCCAGGCAGCUCACUGUGGUGGGAUGCCAGUUCAUUGAGUUCCUCCUGGAGUCUGACGAGGAUGGGCAGGUGUACCUGGAGGACCUGGUGAAGGACAUAGUCCAAUGGCUCUCAUCUUCUUCGGGGCUCAAGCCCGACCGCAGUCUCCAGAGCAAUGGGCUGCUCACCACCCUCAGCCAGCACUACUUCCUGUUCCUGGGCACUCUUUCCUCACACCCGCACGGYGUCAAGAUGCUGGAGAAGUGCAGUGUCUUCCAGUGCCUGUUGAACAUCUGUACACUGAAGAAUCGGGACCACCUGCUGAAGCUCACUGUGUCCACACUGGACUACAGCCGUGACGGGCUGUCCAGGGUCAUCCUGUCCAAGAUCCUCACCGCUGCCACUGACAACUGCAGGUUGUAUGCCACUAAACACCUGCGGGUGCUGCUGCGUGCCAACGUGGAGUUCUUCAGUAAUUGGGGCAUCGAGCUCCUGGUCACCCAGCUCCACGACCGCAACAAGAGUAUCUCCAUGGAGGCGCUGGACAUACUGGAUGAGGCCUGCGAGGACAAGGCAAACCUCCAUGCUCUGAUCCAGAUGAAGCCAGCUCUCACACACCUGGGGGACAAGGGGGUCCUGCUGCUGCUACGGUUCUUGUCCAUUCCAAAGGGCUUCUCCUACCUCAAUGAGAGGGGCUACGUCACCAAGCAGCUAGAGAAAUGGCAGAAGGAGUAUAACCUGAAAUAUGUGGACAUGAUAGAGGAGCAGCUGAACGAGGCUCUCACCACGUACCGUAAACCUGUCGACGGAGACAACUAUGUACGUCGAAGCAACCAAAGGUUACAGAGGCCCAAUGUUUAUCUUCCUGUGCAUCUGUAUGGCCAGCUUGUCCAUGACAAGACAGGCUGCCAUCUACUGGAAGUCCAGAAUGUGGUUCCUGACCUAAGCUACACUGUUCGCUCCCCAAUGCUGGACAAGUGGGAGGGCAUUAAACAACUUAAGGCAGCACUUUGGGSCUUGGGUAACAUAGGGUCGUCAAACUGGGGGUUGAACCUCCUGCAAGAGGAAGGGGUGAUCCCUGACAUAGUGGUUCUGGCUCUGCACUGUGAGGUUCUCUCCGUCAGAGGGACGUGUCUGUACGUGUUGGGGCUGAUCUCGAAGACGCGUCAGGGCUGUGACAUGCUGAAGCAGCACGGCUGGGACGCUGUGAGACACAGCCGCCGGACGUUGUGGCCCGUUGUCCCUGAUGACAUGGAGCCCCACCYCAACCCCCCCAGUCUGCUGUCCUCUGUCCCCUCCAGCCUCAGYCUCGCCUCUGACUCCACCAGCUCCAURCACAACAGUGAGAGUGACUCCACACAACCCAGUAUGUACAUCAUGGACGAUGAGAGGCUGGAGAAUUGUGACCUGUCGGACGAUCCUCCUAUGUACAUGAGACCCAAGUACAAAGACCGCAGCCCCUUCACCCUCCUGGCCUCCAGCCGCUUCCGCAACCGCCUCCUCCACUCCCUGUCGCUAUCUGGGAAGAAGCUCCGCAGCAACAGCGACCCCAAGGGCAUUCCCAGGGGCCGCGGAGGAGGGGUGGAGGGGGAACAGGGGCGCAAACGCACCGUCACCGAGCCCAGCUACACCUUUGGAUCUUCAGACGUCUUCCCAAUCUAUAAUGACGGCCACCUGCCCAAAAGCCCCUCUGUCAACCUAGAAACUUCCUUUGUGGGCAGCAAGGCAUCUGAGAACCGGGGCAGCACCCCCAGCAUUGGGGAGGGGGAGGGGAGGUUGCCAGGCCAGUCAGUGGGUGUAGGAGGGUCAGGGGUGGGUGAGAACCAGAGAGAACAGGCUAGCCGGGAGCGCCUGGCCGGGUAUGGCCCGUCCGGAGGGGGCGGGGGGACUCAGUUUAAAUCACGCAGUCAGAGCUUCAACACGGACACGACCACCAGCGGCAUCAGCUCUAUGAGCUCCAGCCCCUCCAGGGAGACCCUGCCCUCCACCAUCGACAYGGACGGUGUCAGCAUCAACAGUGUGAUCAGCGCYCAAACCAUCCAGACCCUGACCUCCCUCACCCCCCAGCCCCACACCGCCCACCUCUCCUCCCUGUCCAAAUCCAGCUCUGCCUCCCUGGUGCCCCCCGGCUCCUCCCACACCCUUCCCCGCCGCGCCCAGUCCCUCAAGUCGCCCUCGUUGACCACCCUGAGCGGCCUGACGGACUGCAGCCUCAUGUACUCCAACUCCCGGGACGCGCUGGGCUACGCCACGCUGAAGUACGCAAGUUGUCGUGACACGUACGCUAGUCAGCGUGACGCGCUGGGCUACGCUACGCUGAAGAGGCUGCAGCAGCAGAGGAUMCACUCAUCCCUGUCCCACAGCGAGGCUCUGGCUUCCCCAGCCAAAGACAUGCUCUUCACCGAUACCAUCAACAUGAAGACUGGCAGCCUGGACUCCAGACUCACCCCAAGGAGGUGCUCAGUAAAAAGGUUUGGCUGUUUGGGUCACGGUGGGCCAGCUGGGUCCAGUCGCAGGCCUGUCAGAGCCCUCCUUCCACGGUUCCUGAAGGCUCUGAGUUUUGCCUCUCUGGAUAAGGAGGAUCUGCUGAGCCCCAUCAGCCAGACCACUCUGCAGCGGUCCUCCUCAGUGAGAUCCAUGGUGUCCAGCGCCACCUACGGCAGCUCUGAUGACUUCAUUGGCCUGGCGCUGCCCGUGGACAUCAACAACAUGUUCCAGAUAAAAGAAACACCAUAUUUCCUGAAGAGAACCAGCCCGCCCUCUGAGGACAGAUCUGCCAAAUUCUUCUCUGGAGACUCAGAUGGUCCCAGCCCUCACUCCCGGCAUGCUGUGCUCCGCUCCCAGCUGAGCAUCACAGAGCUGAUGGGGGUGAGCCGUGCAGAGCAGCAGCAGCUACUGGGCUCAGAGGAGACUGGUCUACAGGAACACAACGAUGACAACUGCCUCUACUGCACUGGGUUGACUGUGCUUGGCUUCAGCGCAUCCAACAGCCACCCAGACUUGACGGAGGACCACCCUUUCUCAGAGUGGUGCAGUCCACCUGUGCAGAAUCACCUGGAGGUCAUGGCCCAAAUCAAACUGUCAGGGGUGUCUGGGUGCAGUGAUGCUAUGUCCCAGGGCUCCCCRGGAAGCACCCGCAGCACUGAACUGGUUUUGGGAGUGAAGUCCAUCCCAGAGGAUGCUCCGGCCGGCAGGGUUCUCCUCAGGAAGGAGGUCCUGCGUCUGGUGGUCAACCUCAGCUCCUCUGUGGGGACCAAAGGCCACGAGACUAACCUGCUAACGAUCAAGGAGAAGUUCCCCUAUGCAUUCGAUGACAUUUGUCUCUACUCUGAGGUGUCCUACCUGCUGGCCCACUGCAUGUUCCGUCUGUCGGCACGCCGCUUCAUUCAGGAGCUCUUCCAGGACGUGCCAUUUAUCCCGAUGUACGAAGAGGCAGAGAGCAUCCUCUCCAUGUCGCCAAAGAACGGACCGACCGACCGACCCUCCUGCUGAGCCUUGAGUCAUCCUCUGUCUUCCCUUCCCUCUCGCAGCCAGUCAAACCCUGAGUCACACCCCACACCCCCCCCAGUCAAACCCUGAGUUACCACUACUGAUCUACCAGUCACACCCUCCCCCCAGUCAAAACCUGAGUCACCACUACU